CUACGCGAUACUCAUGAGCGCCAAAACCAAAUCCCAUUUAUUCCUUUUUGCCGCUCACUCUAAAAUAAAUAUAGAAAUAAAAAAUAAUAAUAAAAAAAUUAACCGCACCCAGACCAAACCCUCCCCCACAAGUACAACACCUUUUCCCCUAAAUUUCACUCUGCAAUUAACAUUCGAAAUCGAAAUCGAUCUUUCUCCCCCAAUUGUUUUCGCCAAUCCUGCUAAAUCACUCAAUCUGCCUUCCUUCUCGUCCCGUUUCCCGAGCCGGAAUCAGGCCUUGAGCCGCAUCAAGGAGAAUGGCUCAGCCGUCGUCGCCGGCUCCACCGAUCGCCCCAGCCCCGCCGCCUCCUCAAGCAGGCGCCGCGGCCGCCGGAGGAUGCCAGGUGCGGUGCGCGGGUUGCAAGAUGGUGCUCACCGUGAUGCCUGGGCUGACCGAGUUCGUUUGCCCUACGUGCAAGCUGCCGCAGAUGCUGCCGCCCGAACUGAUGCAAUCUGCCCAGGCCCAACAGAGGAGUGCUCUGGCGCUCGGCAUUGAUCCGACUAAGAUACAGCUCCCAUGCGCCAAUUGCAAGGCCGUGCUCAACGUCCCCCAUGGGCUGGCGCGCUUCAAUUGCCCCCAGUGCCUCGUGGGUCUUGCUAUUGAUCUCUCGAAGAUUGGGCAACUUCUGCGUCCACUGCCGCCUCCUGAAGAAGUGAACGAGGCAGCCAUUGAUGUUGAGCGGGAGGAAGAUGAAGGUGGCUUGGCUGGAGAAACAUUUAUGGAUUAUCGACCUUCUAAACUUUCCAUCGGUCCACUGCAUCCAGAUCAUGUUGUUGAGACAUCAUCCUUAUCAGCUGUACAGCCUCCUGAACCUACUUAUGAUCUAAAGAUUAAGGAUAACCUAGAAAAUUCAGAGGCAUUGUCAUGCCUGCAGAUUGAAACAUUGGUCUAUGCUUGUCAGAGACACCUUCAGCACCUUCCAAGUGGUGCUAGAGCAGGUUUUUUUCUUGGAGAUGGUGCAGGUGUUGGUAAAGGAAGGACGAUAGCUGGUUUAAUAUGGGAGAACUGGCAUCAUGGAAGAAGAAAAGCAGUGUGGAUUUCUGUUGGGUCAGACUUGAAAUUCGAUGCUAGAAGAGACUUGGAUGAUGUUGGUGCAUCAUGCAUAGAAGUGCAUGCUCUGAACAAGCUUCCUUACUCUAAGCUUGAUUCAAAGUCUGUUGGCAUUAGGGAGGGGGUUGUUUUCUUAACUUACAGCAGCCUCAUUGCAUCUUCUGAGAAGGGUCGUUCACGAUUACAGCAGCUUGUACAAUGGUGUGGUGGACAGUUUGACGGACUCAUUGUUUUUGAUGAAUGUCAUAAAGCAAAAAAUCUUGUUCCCGAGUCGGGAGGGCAGCCAACAAAGACAGGAGAAGCCGUGCUUGAUAUUCAGGCCAGACUUCCUGAAGCUCGCAUCAUGUAUUGCUCUGCAACUGGUGCCUCUGAACCGCGUAAUAUGGGCUAUAUGGUUCGCCUUGGUCUUUGGGGAGCCGGAACUUCUUUUGCAGACUUCGACAGCUUUUUAGGUGCCAUGGAUAAAGGGGGUGUUGGAGCCCUUGAGCUGGUUGCAAUGGACAUGAAAGCAAGGGGGAUGUAUGUUUGUCGAACACUGAGCUACAAAGGUGCAGAAUUUGAAGUUGUUGAAGUUCAGCUGGAAGCAGACAUGAUGGAUAUGUAUGGAAAAGCUGCAGAAUUUUGGGCUGAGUUAAGAAUGGAACUGCUAUCUGCUAGCAUGUAUUACGCCGAGGAGAAGCCUAGUUCAAGUCAGCUAUGGAGAUUGUACUGGGCCAGCCAUCAGCGCUUCUUUAGACACAUGUGCAUGUCAGCUAAAGUGCCUGCAGUGAUUAGACUUUCUAAAGAAGCGUUGGUGGAAAACAAAUGUGUGGUCAUAGGCCUCCAGAGCACAGGAGAAGCAAGAACCGAGGAAGCUGUGUCAAAAUAUGGUGUGGAGCUUGAUGAUUUUGUCUCUGGGCCUCGCGAGUUAUUGCUAAAACUUGUUGAGGAAAAUUAUCCCCUUCCAGAUAAGCCUGAGCCACCGCCAGAGGAUGAGAGUGUAAGAGAGAUUCAUAGAAAGAGGGAAGCUGCCACAUCCGACGUUUCAUUUGCCGGGAGAGUGAGGAAAGUUGCUAAAUGGGAUGAGGAAAGUGAAGAAGAAAGCGAGUGGGAGUCUGAAACUGACACUGAACCGGAUACUGAAUCUGAUGAUGAGUUUCAGAUCUGCAAUGUAUGCAAUGGAGAAGAGGAAAAGAAGAAGUUGCUUCAGUGUUCCUGCUGCAGUCAGCUUGUUCAUCCGGCAUGUGUUGUACCGCCAGUUGAAGAAGUAAUAUCUGGGGAUUGGUCUUGUCCGUCGUGCAAGGAGAAAACGGAGGAAUAUCUCCGAGCUAGACAAGCCUAUUAUGAAGAACUUUUGAAAAGAUAUGAAGCAGCAUUGGAACGCAAAUUGAAAAUUUUAGAAAUAAUACGCUCGUUGGAUCUUCCUAAUAAUCCAUUGGAUGAUAUUAUCGAUCAGCUUGGAGGCCCAGAUGAAGUAGCAGAAAUAACAGGGAGGCGAGGCAUGCUUGUUAGAGCUUCUGGAGGAAAAGGUGUAACAUAUCAGGCUCGAAACACGAAAGACGUGACCAUGGAAAUGGUAAAUAUGCAUGAAAAGCAGCUAUUCAUGGAUGGUAAAAAACUUGUAGCUAUUAUUUCAGAGGCUGGGUCUGCUGGUGUUUCUUUGCAAGCAGAUAGAAGAGCCGUCAAUCAGAAAAGAAGAGUUCAUAUAACUCUAGAACUACCUUGGAGUGCAGACAAAGCAAUUCAACAGUUCGGAAGAACUCACCGAUCAAACCAAGCUUCAGCACCUGAGUAUAGGCUGCUUUUCACAAAUCUUGGUGGUGAACGCCGGUUUGCUUCCAUUGUUGCCAAGAGGCUUGAAUCUCUUGGUGCAUUAACACAGGGGGACCGUAGGGCUGGACCAUCUCUCAGUGCUUAUAAUUAUGAUAGUGCGUACGGGAAGAGGGCGCUGGCGAUGUUGUAUAGAGGAAUCAUGGAACAGGAACGCCUACCCAUUAUUCCACCAGGAUGUUCAUUAGAAAAACCUGAGACAAUUGAAGACUUCAUGCUGAAGGCAAAAGCUGCACUUGUGUCUGUCGGAAUAAUCAGAGAUUCAGUUGUUGGUAAAGGGAAGGAUGCAGGAAAAAUUUUUGGUCGUAUAGUUGAUUCAGACAUGCAAGAUGUAGGCCGUUUCCUCAACAGACUUUUGGGGCUCCCUCCUGUGAUUCAAAAUAGGCUGUUUGAGUUAUUUCUUGGCAUCCUUGAUCUUCUUGUUCAGAAGGCGCGUGUUGAAGGCAAUAUAGAUUCUGGGAUUGUUGAUAUAAAAGCUAACACAAUUGAGCUCCAGGGAACUCCAAAGACUGUUUUCGUUGACAGCAUGUCUGGGGCAUCUACUGUGUUGUUUACUUUCACAUUAGAUCGAGGAAUUACGUUUGAGUCUGCCUCGACAUUGCUCGAGGAAAAGCGGAAGGAUGAGUCUGGUUCAAGCAACAAUGGAUUCUAUGAAUCAAGGAGAGAAUGGAUGGGAAAACGGCAUUUUAUAUUAGCAUUUGAGGGCUCUGCUCCUGGAAUGUACAAAAUAUGCCGUCCUGCCAUUGGGGAAUCCAUCAGGGAGAUGCCUCUGGCAGAACUAAAAGACAAAUACCGAAAACUUUCAUCACUAGAGAGGGCUCGUAACGGCUGGGAAGACGAAUAUGGUGCUUCGUCCAAGCAGUGCAUGCAUGGUCCCAAAUGUAAGUUGGGAAACUUCUGCACUACAGGCAGAAGGCUGCAGGAAGCGAAUGUUUUGGGCGGCCUAAUUCUGCCUGUCUGGGGAACCAUUGAAAAGGCACUUUCGAAGCAGUUUCGACAAAGCCAUAAAAGGCUACGUGUUGUGCGCAUAGAGACCACUGCGGACAGCCAAAGAAUUGUUGGACUGCUCAUACCAAAUGCAGCUGUAGAAUCGGUGCUUCAAGAUCUGGCGUGGGUUCAAGACGUUGAUGACGAGUGAAAGAAACCACAGUUCUUUCUUCAAUUUAUUGCUAUGGAUAUGCUGGUAUGGACUUCCUUCAAGACUCGACAUUGCAAUCUUGACUCACUUUUGGCAAAGCAGCUGUGGAUCACAUUUAAAGUUGUAGGCUUCAUUUUUCCAUUUAAGGUUGUCCAGCGAUGCUUAAAACCUAAUUAGCAGCAGUGUUCAUAUUCUAUUUAUUUAGGCCCUAUUUUGUGGCACAUUUUGAACUUGCCAGCCCUUGUCUUCUAAUUUUUGCCUUUUGUUGUGUAUAAUUAUCAACAUAAAUGUAAUAUUACAACUGUACACUUCAAACUCAUCUCUUGGAAAUAUAAAUUCAAAUGCAUAUUUGUAAUUCAUUGUAA